CUUCAUUCUUUCUUUUUCAUAUGAACAGAAAGCAGUCAUUUUUUGAUGAGAGAAGCUUCAUCAUGAUCUCAUCAUCAGGUCUUCUAUUACUUUUUAACAACAAUUCAGGAAUGAGGACUUGGUGAGAUGGCCUCAUUUCCUGACAGUAAACUUCGUCUGCCGUCCCCACAGCGUCCCCAACGUCACUUAGAGAGUCAUUUUUGCGAUUGACGACAUAUUUCUCACUUGUCGCUUGCUUCGUGCGUUCAUUGUCAAUUGAGAAUCUUGUAAGAGCACGGUCAAGAUGCCUUUAGAUCUCUCUCUAUACUUGGUCACUGACUCAACCCCGGCCAUCCUCAAAGGUCGUGACCUUUGCAAAGUGGUGGAGGAAGCUCUUAAGGGAGGCGUAACCAUUGUUCAAUACAGAGAAAAGAAGAGUGACACUGGAGUACUGAUUGAAACGGCCAAGAAGCUGCACAAAAUUACCCAGGCUUAUGGGGUUCCAUUGCUAAUCAAUGAUCGUGUCGAUGUUGCCUUGGCCGCUGGGGUUGAGGGUGUUCACCUUGGCCAAGAUGAUAUGAGCAUCACAGAGGCCAAGAAGCUUCUUCCCGAGAACUCCAUCGUCGGAAUCACUGCCGCUUCCAUCGAAGAAGCCCAAGAGGCGGUUAGGGCAGGUGCCGAUUAUCUCGGUGUAGGGACGAUGUUUGCAACUCCGACUAAGACAAACACCAAGUCCAUCAUUGGCACCGCAGGCACCCAGGCCAUUCUCGAGGCGAUUUCAGAUGAAGGUCGUUCGGUUGGUACCGUGUCCAUCGGUGGAAUCAAUAUCUCCAAUGUGCAGCGAGUUCUUUAUCAGUCCCAGUCCCCCAGGAAGGGCCUGGAUGGGGUUGCCAUUGUCAGUGCCAUCAUGGCUGCUGAUGACCCUGCAGCUGCAGCCGCUGAAUUUGCGAAACGUAUCAAAUCCCCGCCACCAUUCGCAACGGCGGCCCCAAAGUCUCCACGGGCGAAUGAAGCUGCUGCUUUGCUUGAAGAGGUACCACAUGUUGUCCGUGAGUUUGUCGUCGCACAUCCGUUGGUACACAACAUGAUCAACUAUGUCGUGGCCAAUUUCGUUGCCAACGUAGCCUUGGCAAUGGGUGCAUCUCCCAUCAUGUCUCCUCACGGAGAUGAGGCCGUUGAUUUGGCACAAUACGACGGUGCUCUUGUCAUCAACAUGGGUACCCUGACCAGCGAAAGCGCACCGAACUACCUGAAGGCAAUUAAGGCAUACAACGAGCGUGGUAACCCGGUUGUCUAUGACCCGGUAGGCGCCGCUGCCACCCACAUCCGACGCGAUACAGUUAAACAGCUCAUGGCCGGGGGUUACUUUGAUCUCAUCAAGGGAAACGAGGGGGAAAUCAAACAAGUUUCAGGAAGCAGUGCUGCCAGGCAACGUGGAGUUGACAGCGGACCCAGCAGUCUUGACGGUCAACAGAAGGCUACACUGGCCCGAGACCUGGCCCGCAGAGAGCGUAACAUUGUGCUUCUGACUGGAGCCGUCGAUUAUCUCAGUGAUGGAGAACGUGUGAUUGCAAUCGAAAACGGACAUGAAUUCCUCGGGCAGGUCACAGGCACUGGCUGUGCCGUUGGUACCUUGUCGGGCUGCUUCUUGACUGUUCGCCCAUCCGACAAACUUCUGGCCGUUCUUUCCGGUCUGAUGAUGUACGAGAUUGCAGCAGAAAAUGCCGCCUCCAAGGAAUACGUUCGGGGACCAGGAAGUUUCGUCCCUGCAUUCCUAGACGAGCUGUACGCCAUCCGCCAGGCUGCUCUGAAAGGCGACGAUAGCUGGUUCACCGGCCGGGGGAAGAUCCAGGAGAUUAAGCUGUAGAAUGUGGUUGGCUGUGUUUUAUAUACCCUCUUAUCCUUGGACUUAAAAAAGAAACAUAUGUACAGCUUGUGAUGCUCUGACGAAAAUAAAAAUGAAAUUUUCUGUCGUUACAGCAGAAUUCAAAAUUCCAUGAUGGAGGAAAGUCGGAC